CGCAAAUGUGGGCUAGAGAGUAUUCUGUCACUUCCUCAGCUCGUCGUCUGUGGAGAUCAAUCUGCGGGGAAGAGCUCCCUCCUGGAGGCUCUUACUGAAAUACCUUUCCCGAGAAACGACAACCUCUGCACUCGCUUUGCAACCGAAAUCAUCCUUCGUCGGGCAAUGGUUGAAUCGUUGGUUAUCAAGGUCAUUCCUGACUCCAAACGGUCUGCACCAGAGCAGCAAACAAUCAAGGAUUUCAAGGCGUCUAUCACGAGUUUCGAUGAAUUACCAGACGUAAUGGCAAAGGCCACGGCACUCAUGGGAAUCGAUGGCAAGUCCUCAUCGGGACCUACAGCCGGGGCAUUCGCAAGAGAUGUCCUCAGCGUCGAGAUCGAGGGCCCGUCCAGGCCACAGCUCACACUUGUCGACCUACCGGGCUUGAUUCAGACGAAGACAAAAGGGGUCACCGAUGCGGACAUCGAAAUGGUGAAUGAGAUCACCGAUCAUUAUAUCUCGCAGCCCCGUACCAUAUGCCUGGCCGUAAUCUCCGCUACAAACGACUAUGCGAAUCAAGGCAUCUUGACGAAAGUAAGGAACGUCGACCCCGACGGAGAACGUACUCUUGGGGUAAUCACCAAACCUGACCGGCUUAUCGCAGGCUCAGGUAUGGAGGAUGCCUUCAUCUCCCUUGCGCAGAACGAAGAUAUCUUCUUCAAACUAGGCUGGCAUGUGCUCAAGAACAGAAGUUUCGACGAAGCUGCAAGCUCAUUUAUCGAGCGUAACCUCUCCGAGGAUUCCUUCUUCCGGAGAUCUAACUUCAAAGUCUUGCCGGCAGAUAGUGUUGGUAUUGAUUCUUUGAGGAAUCGACUGAGUCAGCUCCUGUUCAAUCAUGUCAAGCAAGAGCUGCCGAAACUCCGAAACGAUCUUGAGACAGCUUUGUCCGACUCGGAGAAUCAGUAUGAUGUCCUCGGCAAGCGAAGGUCCACCUCAGUUGAUUGCAAAGACUAUUUGGUGUCACUCAGUUUGGAGUUCUAUGAUGUUUGCAAGGCUGCAGUCAAUGGCCAUUACCAAGGCAGUUAUUUUACCCAAAGUCCAGACAAGCAAUUCUCUCUAACGUCGCCGGCUUCUAUUCGUAGACUACGAGCUGUGGUACAGAUGAUGAACACGAGGUUCUCAGAUGAUGUACGAAAUCGUGGCCACAAAUAUUACAUCGACAGAUCGUCCAUGCCCGAUUCCCCUAACUUCGGUAUUACUCAUUCAGUCGCAGGAGAUUCGCCGAUAAGACUGUCCAAGUCCAAGGCAAUCGAGUGGGCUCAUGAAGCUUUGGUCAGAACACGGGGUACAGAGCUACUUGGAAAUUUCAAUCCUCUUGUGAUUGGAGAACUAUUCUGGGAGCAGUCGACAAGAUGGCGAAGGCUGGCUCUUGAUCAUGUCGACAAUGUGGCAACAGCCUGCAGCCAAUUUCUCGAGAUCUUGCUCAGGGAAAGAUGUCCCAAAGAUGUGCACUCUCGUCUCUGGCCGUCCCAAAUCCAGGACGCCCUCAAAAGCAGGAAGGACGCAUCAGUCAAGGAGCUCGACUAUAUCUGGGAGGACCUGCAGCACUUCCCGAUAAACUAUAACCACUACUACACAGACGUGGUGAAGAAGCAGCAGAUGGAAAGGACCAAGGAUGACCUUUCCACGGCGAUCAAGCAAGCAACGACACAUGUUGCCAACCCUGGGUGUUCAUCCACCCACACCUCCGCAAUCAUCGACGUUGACCUCGCUGUGCGAGAGUUUUCUCGAAACUCCGACCCCGAUAUGGACAAAAUCUCCUGCGAGGAAGCUCUUGAUUGCCUGCUUGCUAUCUACAAGGUUCAACAAAAGACUUUUAUCGCAAACGUAACAACACAGGUUGUUGAGCGUCACAUCGUUCGCGGCCUCGAGACAAUCUUUUGUCCAGUGUCAGUGAACUCGUUGCCAGAGGCGAAAAUCUUGGGGAUUGCAUCCGAGCCUCCAACGACUCGCAAGCAGAGAAGCUUCCUGGAGGACAGAAUCAAGAAGCUCAACGGUGGGCACGCGAUACUGCGGGGCGUCAUGGGGAGUGCCGUGCUUUAGGUGUUUUGGUCACAAUUGCAUUUCUGUCUUUCUUCUUCCUCGCCGAGUUAUUGAAGUAGCAUUCUAAACUUGACGACGACUCUGACUGUUGACAUUUCAUCGGUCGUGAUAAUCGAGACCAGGAUUAAUUCAAGGGGUCCCGAGCAGGCCCGCGAUUGCAUAACUCGUUUCUGGUAAAUGCUACGCAGGUUCCUUGCAGGCCUUGGCACAAUUUAACGGCGCGCGGUUGGGUUCCGGCGUGGGAUGUCUGAGUGGGGACUUUUGACAGAUAGCGCUUGGAUUGGAUUAUGCCAGUUGGGAACCAAUCCAGGCCGGGUAGCAACCCAAACAACAAGCAUUUCCGUAGUAUGAGCCAACCGAUACUGGCAGGCAUGCGG